AGGAUGCAGCCCAGCCUGGAAGCUGUCACCUGCAGGACACCAGCCUGGGGGGACGGAGAGCAGGCCCUUCUCCCUCGCAUCCUCAGGGCUCAGAACACUGAACUGUUCCACAUUUCUGUGAGCUCCGGCUGUGCCAGAACACUGGAAGUGCCCCCGGUGCACGGGGGUGCCAGUGUAGGAAAAACUGUGUCAGAGGACAGCUACCAGCACCACGAGCUGAUUCCAGCCUUUCCCUGUCCACAGCGUCUGUGAGAGCUUCUGGCAGAUCGCUUCACCUCUCCGAGAUGAACCUCAGCUUGCUCCACAGUGUAGACUGUUGAGGAUGCAGCAAAAACAGGCAGCCGGGCACUUUCCGCGUCCUAGGCUGAGGCCCCGCCCCCUCCCUAAGGCCCCGCCCCAUCCCGCUGGCAUCAGAAACCUCGCCGCCAAGCCCCGCCCUCAAAUCCAGCCCCGCCCCAGCCCUUCUCUGGCUAUAAAAUCCCCCGCCCGCUCGCCAGUAGCGAGCUGGAGCCCAAUCGGAGCGGGGCCGCUGCACUGUGUACUCCCCAUUGGCUGUGGGUGGCGGCGGGGUCGGGCCCGGGCCUGUGAUUGGCUGACGUGGCCGGUGACGCGUGUUCCGAGCGGCCCGCGGGCUCCGGGCCCCAAUGGAGGCCGCAGCGGCGCUGACCCGGGCUGCUUCGAGGCGGCGGGGACCGGCGGCCAGGAAGCCAGGGGCGCAAGAGGAACCGGGGCGGCGGCCGAGGCGGCGGCGGCCCGGGCGGAGAACCAGAGAGGAGCCAGAAGAAGAAGCCGUCUUUCGAGAAGUGGUCCAUUUUAGUCCGGAUCCUUUGCCAGUUAGAUAUUAUGACAAGGAAACCACUGAACCUGUCAGCUUCUACCUGUCUUCACUGGAGGAGCUGCUGGCCUGGACACCCCUCGUGGAGGACAGCUUCAAUGUGGCCCUGCAGCCCCUAGAGUGUCGCCAGCCCCCGCUGGGCAGCCAUAGGCCCCGGACCCUGGUGUGCCAUGACAUGAUGGGUGGAUAUCUGGAAGACAAGUUUAUUCAGGGCUCAGCGGCUCAGAGCCCCUACUCCUUCUACCACUGGCAGUACAUCGACCUCUUUGUAUACUUUAGCCACCACACAGUCACCAUCCCCCCAGUGGGCUGGACCAAUGCUGCCCACAGGCACGGGGUCUGCGUGCUGGGAACCUUCAUCACCGAGUGGAAUGAUGGGGCGAAGCUCUGUGAAGCCUUCCUGGCUGGGGAUCCGAGCUCCUACCGGGCAGUGGCCGAUCAGCUGGUCCAGAUCGCCCAGUUUUUUCGUUUCGAUGGCUGGCUGAUCAAUGUUGAGAACCCGUUGAGUGUGGCUGCUGUGCAGAAUGUGCCUGCUUUCCUGCGUUAUCUGACCGCUGAGCUCCACCAGCGCAUCCCGGAGGGGCUGGUGCUCUGGUAUGACAGUGUGGUACAGAGUGGGCAGCUCAAGUGGCAGGAUGAACUCAAUGAGCACAACCGGAUCUUCUUCGAGGCCUGUGAUGGCUUCUUCACCAAUUAUAACUGGCGGGAGGAGCACCUGGCGCGGAUGCUGGGACAAGCCGGGGAGCGCCUGGUCGACGUGUACGUGGGCGUGGACGUGUUCGCUCGGGGGAACGUGGUCGGAGGCGGGUUUGACACGGACAAGUCGCUGGAACUGAUCCGAAAGCACGGCUUCUCUGUAGCUUUGUUUGCCCCCGGCUGGGUGUAUGAGUGCCUGGAAAAGAGCAGCUUCUUCCAGAACCAGGACAGAUUCUGGAAUCUGCUGGAACGUUACCUGCCCACACACAGCAUCUGCUCCCUGCCCUUCGUCACGUCCUUCUGCCUGGGGAUGGGGACACGGAGAGUCUGCUAUGGACAGGAGCAGGCCGUGGGGCCUUGGUACCACCUGAGUGCCCAGGAGACACAGCCCCUGUUCGGUGAACACAAGCUGCCUGGUGACGGCUGGGGCUGGGUGAAGGUGCACUGCUGCCUAGCAGACUCCUGGCAUGGGGGCAGCUCGCUGCUUCUGCAGGGGGUGAUCCCGCCUGAGGUUGGCAGUGUGGCUGUGAGGUUGUUUUCCCUCCAGAUCCCAGCACCACACAAAAUCUUCCUGUCCUUGGUGUAUAAGCUUGAAGGGUCCACGGAUGUCACGGUUGCCUUGGAGGUCUCUAUGGGGGAUGCCGACAGCUGUCAUGUUGGUAGCAUCUCAGUGCUGAAUGAAACAGGUUCAAGGCACAGACCCCGACCCCUCCGGGUGCCCCCCACCAGACUGGCCAGAUGGGCCAGCCGCUGUGGCCAGCAGCUCAGCGGGGGCUGGAUCCAGAGGUGCUACGAGGUGAGCCUGCGUGGGUGCCUCCUGCGGGACCUCUUUGUGAACUUGUCACGGCCGCCAGGUAGUCAGGAGGAGAGCUUCAUGUGUCGCCUGGGCGAGAUCCAGGUGGUGGAUGCCGAGACCCUGCUGGCCCCUCUGCCCCAGGUGCAGAGCGUCACCAUCUCGCAGGUCCGCUGGCAGCCGCCCACCUCUGAGGUGGAGGGGCCUCAAGGCCGGCUGAGGCUCAGCUGUACCCUGCACUGGUCCUACCUCCUCCUCCAAGCCCGCUGCUUCAGAGUCCACUGCUGGGAGGGGGCGAGAGGCAGGGAGCCGCCGGGGCCAGAGAAGCCCACGUUCCUGGGCCUGGCUUUUGUUAACCAGUACCGGGUGGUGGACUUGGCGGUAAAGGCCGCUGGGCCCGGCCAGGAGGGCCGUGUGGAGUUCCUGGUGGAGCCCGUCCCCAGGGAGGGCUUCCAGGUCUCUCAGGCCGAGUGGGGCAGGGCAGCCCUAGUCUACUCCGUGCCUCUGUGAGCCGACACUGCCUCACCCGACUUGCCUUGCCCCUUGGCUGGCUGCCAAGUUCUCUCUGGGACUCCGCUAAGUAAGGCCAGGUGUCCUGAAGGCUGGGUCCCCAGGAUGUGGUGGCCAGGGGUGGGGAGGGGCGGCGUUGGUCACAGGAAACCAGCGUGCUGAGUGAUGGUGCCCAGGUGGGCACCGGGCCUUGGGUCUGCAUGUAACUCUCUCCACAGUGUGCGGUUCUGAGGGAAAAGGGAAAGGACGUGGGGAGGUUUUGUCCAGAAAACUCCAUAAAGGAUAUUUUCACAUAGGUUCAAAGGUGUUGGUGCUGAGAAGAGUGACCUUUGAUUCCUGCAGGUCCCACGAUGAGAAAUGAACGUAAAUCAUGGCAGGAAGGCUUUGGAGCAGGGCUGGGGGCUGUCAGAGGACCUCAGAGGGCUGGGAUGCAGCCUGAGGGUAGGGGCACAAACGAGGGGCCCAGAGUGGCAGGAGAUGGUGCCCUGGAGCUCAGGGCCGGGCUGGCACAGCAUUACACCCGGCCUGAGCAGGGUGGGCCAGCCUGGUCUGGACCACCUCCUGGGCUUGCUGGCUCUGGCACUGCACUGCCCCUAUAGCUGAGGUCCCCUGCCUCUGCUGCAGCUCCCCUGCCCUAGGCUCACAGCAAAGCCUGUGCCAAGGCGGGAGGGCGCCUGGAUGGGCACCUGCCCCUCUCUUGCACCCUCCUUCCCCUGCCCUGCCACUUCUGCACCCCCUGCAGGCCCCCUUGACAGGGGUGGGCGGGGAAGCUUCCUGCCACAUCUCUUGGCCGGGGUAAUGUGGCUCCAUUCCCCUACUCUCCUUCACGUGCCACAUGGGCUCUGUCACAUCCUGCACAGGGUGGAGGUUCUCAGGCAUGUUUCACGCUGGGCCACACAGUCAUCGGUGGGGUGUACUUGCCCAGCCCUCCUGUCCGUUUCCUGUGCUGAUGUCUGGGACAGUGACACCAGCUGGAGGUCGCACAGAGGAGCCAGGACCUGUGGACUUUACUCUGUAGUAAGGCAGGGCUGCCACAUCUGUUUCUGUCCUCAGAGAGGAGGGAAUGGACAGGCUAGUCCUGCUCAGUGCAGGGGGCGCCCAGCCUGGAGGGCAGAGGUCUCCUGCAGGGGCUGAGCGUUGCCCGCUCCCACCUCCUGCUCUCCAAGGGCCUCUACCUCUCGAGGAGUGGAAGUGGAGUGGAGCAGGGCAGGUGCUGGGGCUGGGUUCUGUGCCCCAUCCUGAUUGGGAACACUUUCAUGUCUUAUGUUGACAAACGAGCACCCCGAAUACAGGGGAGGGCCAUGACUGCUGACCACUCCAAAACUGAGGCCACCAGCCCCGGGCUCUUUCUGAGGUGGGGACAGGGUGACAGCUGCCAUGCUCAGGCUACUCCACUUCCUCCGCUGUGGUUCUGUUUGACAAUUCCUCGGAGCACCUGAGUGUCUCUGCCAUCGGGAAGCAGGGGACCUGGCUGGGGGCUGCUUCCUGAUCUUGCACCUUGUGUCCCCAGAGGAGUCUCAGGCCGCAGGGCAGGGCAGGAUGGGGCAGGCUGGGCUGCCUACCUGGCCUCCGGGCCCCAGCACCUUGGUACUGGGGAGAGCAGCACUAACGCCUGCUUCCCUCGUUUCCUGAGGCCUGUUUCUUAAAGUUCCUCCGAAUAUUUUAUGUGGAGAAAGAAGGAAAAUUUAUAGUGGCAAUUAUUUCCUCACAGUCUGGUGAGCAAGCAAUUAGAAAUAAGAGGGCUUAGCAGAGCAUGGCGUUCGGCAGAGCCGUGCCACGCCACUCCCCCAGAGCACAGCCCUGUCCGACAGCACAGGCUCAAUCCCAUGCAGGAAAAUUAAUCUGCCGGCAUUUGAGCUGUGGCCCUCUGGUGAGUGUAAUCGCUCUGAAAUAGAUUAUCCGACGUGGUGAAAAAUGAGAAGGCCAGUGGGUGAGAUCUGGCUCCCUGGCCCAGCCCAGCUCUAAAGCUCUUUGCGUGUCUUCUGUCCACCCUCCUGCACCCCAGGAGUGGGGGCCUGAAGCGUGCAUUUACCUUGAAGUAGCACAGCUGCUGCCCUGGCCAACGUGCCUCCCUGCCAGUCUACCCUCAGGCGACCACCCCAGUGGUGGGGUUUCCCAGCCUGACCCUGCUGCCUUCCAGGUGCAUCCUGCCCAGGAGACGUUCUGUACCCAGCUGCCACUUGGCAGAGGCGUCCGUCUGUCUAGCCAGUCUGGACAGGAGGGUUGGGACUCUCAAGUCUUGCCGACAGAGUCUUCCUCCUCCUCUUCCUCAGUGCCCCCUGGUGGGCAUCAGCUGCCUGUCCUAGACCAGGCCACACACCUGGUCUUGUGCCCUCCACCCUCGGCGCCCAGAGCUGCCAAAUCAGAAAGCUGUCCUGGCUUGAAGAAAGAAAUCUUUAUUAAUAACCUUAAUAAUAGUAAUACUGUUAAUUUGAGUGGUCACACCUUGG